GUUACCCACACAACACAUAAGUGUAAUAUGGGUUGUAUAUAUUCACCGAAACAACAAUGGCAACGCCGCAAAACGAAGACCAGUCUUCAGUUUCUAAUAGAAAAAAAAUGCCAAAAUACAGUAACCUGACAGAACCAAUAUCAACCAGGUAUGAAAAAUAAAGUUUUUCCCAAACUAAUAGCAUGAAAUUGAGGAAAUUCUACAAAUGAACGAUGUCGAAAGUAGCGUGUUAUCGAUCGAGCUGCAUGGACUCCUGGAGGGGGGCGUAACGUGAGGGACGAACGUAAACAUUGCCCUCAUUUAGACGAGGACGCCGCGAGAAAUGCUGUUUGUCAACAGCUGAUCGUGCUGAAAUUUUCACGGUGAAGGUAUGAACGGCUUCAGCACCGGAGAAGAAGAUUCAAGGGGUCCCGCAGAUCAAAUCUGCUGUCUUAUCGACAACAACGAGCGGUGCAUGAAAACGGCUGGGAACGCUUCCUACAGCAAGAGGAUCCAGAAAACAGUCACACAAAGGAGACUCAAUCUCAGCAUAGAUAGUUCCGCCCGCCAUAUUUAUAUCUGCGACUUUCACAAAAUGAUAAUCCAGUGUGCCCGUACCAAACGGCGGCGAAAAGAUUCAGAGGAGGACAGCAAUGAAACAGACACAGAUGUUCCGGAGGUGGAUUUAUACCAGUUGCAGAUUAACACCUUAAGGCGGUAUAAAAGGCACUACAAAGUUCCCAUGCGACAGGGUCUGAACAAAGCCCAACUAGCUGAUGCUGUCAUGAAGCACUUCAAAACUAUUCCAGUCAAAGAAAAGGACAUCGUCACGUUCUUUAUUUAUACGGUCAAAACGAACGCCAACAAGUUAGAUCAGAAAAACGGUAUUAAUGAGGGGACUUAAGUUGUGUGUGCAAUAGGACUACGUUUUUAUUUUAUUUAAAUGUUGACUUGUUUUUAUUGUUCAACCAGAUAUUGAAUUUUGCUACUAACUACGUUUUUAUUGACUAUUUUUAUAGUUUCAUUGAUAAGUUAUUGUUAUAUCUAGAAUUCUAUAUUUUAAUAUUAAUAUACAAAUGUAAUUUUAUUGUACUUGGGUUUUUUAAUCACAUUUUAUAUUAUCUACUUAAUAUUUAUAUUUUUCCUUAAAUAAAUGUGAUUAAUAAACCUUAAAAAUACUUAAUUUAUAAACACAACAUUGAAUUACAAAAUAAACUUGGUGGUAGCAAAAUACGAAAAUCGGAUCGAAUCUUAGUAAAACUAGAUUAACAAUAUUUUGUAUAUUAAAAUAAAAUUUUUGACAAAACUA